UUCUCUGUUACAGCAUGGAGGAAGAGGAGGAGCAACCUACCGGAACGACGUCGCUUUUCCCCGCUUUCGUCCAACACCCACCGCCUCAAAUUUUCCCUUCCGGCUCCGACAAUAGCGCCGCCGCCUCUGGUAAAUGGCUGAGCAACUCCAGCUUCACAAUCGACCCGUCGGUGAUAAACGACGCCGUAUCGAAAUACAACCUCCCCGAUGACGAGGAGGAAGAAGAAGAUGAAGUGGAAGAGGUUCGUAAAAGCAAACUGCCGCCGCAGUACGAGAGGGUUCCAUCCGAUGGCAACCCGUCCUCCGACGAAGAGCGUAGGAUGAAAAAUACAAGGAAGAAGAAAAGGAGAAAAAAGGAGGAGCCCGGCGCAUCGUAUGCGUAUGCCGCCACUCUAUCAUCUUCUUCGAGGAAACAGGGCGUUUCGAAAUGGGCUUCUUCUACUUCAAAUGAGAAGAAUUACUACUUUGAUUCUCGUGGAGAUCGAGAUAAUCUAGCCUUCGGUUGCAUCUACAGAAUGGAUGUUGCUCGUUACAAGCUUUACAGUUCCAAGAAAGUUUCCGAACAGAAAUAUUUUCGGUGGAAUAAGAGAGUGGGUCGUUUGGAGGGGGAUAAUGACAUUGAUGCGUUAGAUACCAAUCUUAGGUCAGGCGGGCGCUAUUGGUCUGCAAAGUACGCUGCUAUCGAGCGUCAUAAGAACUUGAAACGAUUGCAAAUCCAUGCUCCUAGCAAUGGUGCAAGAAACGUGGUUGCUGAUUACAUCCCCUUACUGGAUGAAAUUUCCGAUAGUGGACCAGUUUCUAGUGUUGCAGUAGUUGAAGAGUCUUGGGAAGAUAAAGUACUACGGAAAACAAAAGAUUUUAAUAAGACGACAAGGGAACGCCCUCAAGAUGAGAGUGCAUGGCUGGCAUUUGCGGAGUUUCAAGAUAAGGUGGCUAGUAUGCAGCCUCAUAAAGGCGCUCGUUUGCAGACUCUUGAGAAGAAGAUAAGUAUUCUUGAGAAGGCGACUGAGCUUAACCCGGAUAGUGAAGAUUUGCUUCUUGCUCUUAUGAAAGCUUAUCAGAGCAGAGAUAGCAUUGACGUUUUGAUUAGGAGAUGGGAGAAGAUACUCACAUCCAAUUCCGGGAGUUACACGCUGUGGAAACAAUUUUUGCGGGUAGUUCAGGGUGAAUUUUCCAGAUUCAAGGUUUCUGAGUUGAGGAAAAUGUAUGCCAACGCAAUCCAAGCCUUAGCUGGUGCUUGCAUAAAGCAGCAUAGGCAGGCUGAUCCAUCUGGCAAUGCAACUCCUGUUAAUCCUGCCACUGUUCAGUUAGAACUUGGUUUGGUUGACGUUUUUCUUGCUCUUUGCCGCCUUGAGUGGCAAGCAGGUUAUCAGGAGUUAGCCACGGCUUUAUUUCAGGCAGAGAUUGAAUACAGUUUGUUUCCUCCCUUGGUUCAUUCUGAGCAUAGCAAGCGAAGACUGUUUGAGCACUUUUGGAGCAGUAACGGUGCCAGAAUUGGGGAAGACGGAGCCCUUGGUUGGUCUUCUUGGCUAGAGAAAGAGGAGGAAGAGCGGCAGAGACUGUUACACGAGGAGGCCUCAAACGUAGUUGAAGAAGGUGGCUGGACAGGUUGGUUUGAACCAUUAUCCAAAACUAACGAAAUUGAGAUGCCAGAAAGUGCUACUGAGGGAGAUGCAGUCGUUGAAGAACUCGAUGAUGGAUCUGAUGCAAAAGAUGCUGAGGAAAAGGAUGAUAUCGAAUCUCUUCUUAAAGCACUAGGGAUCGAUGCUGCUUCUGAAGGUGAUAUCAAGAUCCAAGAUACAAAAACAUGGACCAAGUGGUCAGAGGCAGAAAUGGCCAGAGACUUUGAUCACUGGAUGCCUCUUCGUCGAAAUUCUGAUGGGGUUUCUCGUGAUGAUGCCACGGCUGAUGCAGAAGAUGAUGAGCAGCUUUUGAGCAUCAUAUUGUAUGAAGAUGUUAGUGAUUAUCUGUUCUCGUUGAAUUCCGUGGAAGCCCGUUUUUCUCUUGCAUCCCAAUUUAUAGAUUUCUAUGAAGGGAGGAUACCUCAAUGGACUUGCACAAACAGUUCGAGUUGGGUUGAGAAGACACUUAGUUUGGAGAGUCUUUCUUAUUCUCUCGUAGAGGGCUUGAGCAAGGUGCACGAUGUCCUAAAUGGACAGCUGUCCAAUCCUGCGAGUAUCAGCUUGGAGAUUCUUUUGAACAAUUCAGAUGACUCAAAUAUGAGGAGUAAUAUGAUGAAAUUUCUCCGAAAUGCUAUCUUACUUUGUUUAAAAGCGUUUCCGCAAAACUACAUCUUGGAGGAAGCUGCUCUUGUUGCUGAAGAGCUAUCAAACACGAGGAUGAAUUCAACAAGCUUUUCCGUGACCCCUUGUCGAGCUUUGGCCAAGACUCUAUUGAAAAAUAAUAGGCAGGAUUUACUGCUAUGUGGAGUUUAUGCACAAAGAGAAGCCUUCUUCGGGAAUAUUGAUCUUUCCAGAAGAGUUUUUGACAUGGCCUUGUCAUCUAUUGAAGGACUUCCACUGGAUGUUCGGCCCAAUGCAUCUCUUUUGUAUUUCUGGUAUGCGGAAGUGGAGCUUGCCAAUAAUCCAUCCGAAAGUUCUGACUCUUCGUCCCGAGCAACGCAUAUUCUAUCUUGCUUAGGCAGUGGGACAAGAUAUAGUCCAUUUAAAUGCCAGCUGUCAAGUGUACAACUUCUUAAAGCUCGUCAGGGGUUCAAAGAGCGUAUAAAAAUGCUAAGCUCAACGUGGGCACGAGGUAUGGUAGAUGAUCAUUCUGCUGCUCUCGUGUGUUGUGCUGCUUUGUUCGAGGAGUUGACUACUGGAUGGACUUCUGCCUUGGAAAUUCUCGAACAUUCUUUCACGAUGGUUCUUCCAGAGAGGCGGAGGCACAGUCGACAACUUGAAUUUUUGUUCAACUAUUACGUGAGGAUGCUUUAUAAACAUCACAACGAACUUCGCAUUUCUAAAAUAUGGAAAGCUCUCGUGAAAGGGUUGCAGAUUUAUCCUUUCAGUCCACAUCUGCACAAUGCUUUAGUCGAAAUCAGCUUUCUUUACACUUCCCCCAACAAACUGCGCUGGACGUUCGACGACCACUGCCAAAAGACGCAAUCCGUCAUUACAUGGCUCUACGCGUUGUCAUUCGAGAUGAGUAUCGGUGCCCACCACAGAAUACGUGGACUUUUCGAGAGGGCGCUGGAGAAUGACAAAUUGCACAACUCGGUGAUUCUGUGGCGUUGUUUCAUUGUAUACGAGAGGAGCGUAACGUGCAAUGCUUCUGCAGCUAAAAGAGUGUUCUUUCGUGCAAUACACGCUUGUCCCUGGUCUAAAAAGCUGUGGCUUGAUGGUUUUCUGAAGCUCGAUUCUGUACUGACCGUGAAAGAAUUAUCGGACCUUCAAGAAGUGAUGCGUGAAAAGGAACUUAAUCUGAGGACAGAUAUAUACGAGAUUUUAUUGCAAGAUGACAUGGAUACUUGAUUGAGCGUCUUAAACUAGUUACAACGUGUUUCGAUACAUACAUGUUUGUACAAUAUAAUCUCCAAGUUCGGAUUUUUUCGAAAA